CUGUCCUUCACCAAUAGACGUACGGGCUUUCGUUUUAGAUGAUUUCUGUAUUUCAAGAGACUGGAAAUGAAGCCUUCUUGCUGUUUUAAUUCUUGAGGGUCAAAAGAGUCUCUAACAUGCUGUCUGGACUUUCUGCUGUGUGCCAUUCUCUGAAGUGGGCUCAUAGUAAAGCCACUUUUCACAGAACUUUCUGCGUAUUUAAGCAUGAGAAAUGGACUCUGAGAAGUGCAGUUUCAAGACAGGCCCAUAGAUGGACUCCAGCCCCCUCAUGGAGGAUAAAUCAGAAGCCGGUGUUUGCCAGAGCUCUAGCUUUUGGGGAUAAGGUUGCAAUUAUAGACAGUAGUAGAAGCCACAGCUACAAGCAGCUGUACUGCAGCAGCUUAGGUCUUGCUGCUAGAAUCAAUGCCGCACUCAAAUCUGGCUUUGGGGGCCUUGAAGGUAAAAGAAUCUCCUUCCUGUGUGCUAAUGAUGCUUCAUAUACUGUAGCACAAUGGGCCGCGUGGAUGAGCGGUGGGACAGCUGUGCCACUCUACCGAAAGCACCCUCAAUCUGAACUGGAAUACAUUAUCUCUGACUCCCAGAGUUCGUUGCUGGUGGCGGGACAUCCCUACUCUGAAACCCUAGAGCCACUGGCACAGAGGCUGGGGCUGCCAUGCCUUACACUGCCACCGACUUCCAGCCUGGACACUUUGGAGGCUACAGACUCAAAAAAUGAGGAGGCAGACAUCACAGACUGGGUCGAUCGACCGGCAAUGAUCAUCUACACCAGCGGUACUACAGGGAGGCCCAAGGGAGUGCUGCAUACACACAGCAACAUCCAAGCCAUGGUCCAGUGUUUGGUUUCAGAGUGGGCAUGGUCAAAAGAUGACAUCAUCCUCCACACCUUGCCGCUCCACCAUGUGCAUGGUAUCGUUAACAAGCUCCUGUGCCCGCUCUGGGUGGGCGCCACCUGUGUCAUGCUGCCUGACUUCCAGCCUCAGAAGGUGUGGGAGAUGCUGCUGAGCUCCAAGGCUCCUCUGGUUAAUGUGUUCAUGGCUGUGCCAACCAUCUACUCUAAGCUGAUCCAGCACUAUGAUCAGCACUUCACACAGCCUCAUGUCAAGGACUUUGUCAAAGCAGUCUGCAAGGAGAGGAUCAGGCUCAUGGUGUCGGGCUCAGCUGCGCUCCCUCUCCCCACUCUGCAGCGCUGGGAGGAGAUCACAGGACACACCCUGCUGGAACGCUAUGGCAUGACAGAGAUAGGCAUGGCCCUGUCAAACCCACUCAGAGGCCCACGUGUCCCAGGAGCUGUCGGGUUGCCUCUUCCUGGUAUGGAAGUUCGGAUAGUCAUGAGUAACGCAACCAACACCACAAUUGUUGAGGGAAAUCACAGAGAGACACAGGUACGUCCAGGUCUGGAGGGGAAAGAAGGGGAGCUCCACGUUCGGGGUCUGUCCGUCUUUAAGGAGUACUGGAACAAACCUGAAGCCACCAGAGAGUCUUUUACUGAGGACGGCUGGUUCCAAACAGGAGACACUGCGGUCUAUAAAGACGGUGUGUAUUGGAUCAUGGGGCGCACCAGUGUUGAUAUCAUCAAGAGUGGCGGCUACAAGAUCAGUGCCCUUGAGGUGGAGCGUCACCUUCUCGCUCAUCCAGACAUCACAGAUGUAGCUGUCAUUGGGGCCCCAGAUGCCAUCUGGGGUCAGAAAGUCACUGCAGUGGUUCAGCUGAAGAACGGCCGGAGCAUGACUCUGCCAGAGCUGAAGAUCUGGGCAAGGGAGCACAUGGCGCCUUACACCAUCCCUACAGGCCUGCUGCUGGUGGAGGAGAUGCCAAGGAAUCAGAUGGGCAAGGUCAACAAGAAGGACCUCUUGCGACACUUUUACCCAUGACUGGACUGACUUCAAAAGCUAUGACGACAAGCUGACUCCUGGUUAAAGGACUGAAGCUGUAUGCCACUCUGAACGUGAUCCUCAGAUGAGACAACGAUUAGACACAGAGGGAAGCUCAAAGCAGUGGUUGAGCCCUCAUGGAAAUGACUGAACUUGUGAGGUAAUUUGCUCAACACUGCUACUGGGCUAAUUCUAUUACACUGAGUGGAUUUUUUGCUAAGUGAGGUUUAUCAGUUGAUGUGUAGGAGGCAAACUGCAGCUGACUUUAUCUAUAGAAGUAUCAAAAUGAUCCAAAAUCUUAUUAAUAUUGUGGGUAAGAUUUGAAUGAAAAAUCUUGGUACAUACAGUGCUUAACAAAUUUAUUAGACCAUCCAGCAUCAUGAAGUGCUUUAAUGCAGACUCUUUCAUUUUCAGUGAGCUCUCCACGUUUUACCAUUUUGAACAGGA